GCACACUGUUCACAACUUCUCCAGCAGCUGUGGAGUGGGACCUCUGUGGCAUCACGCAGUAUCACCGAGCGACAAUCGGCCAAAAUGUAAAGGAUAAGCAACCAUACACCACUUUCUGAAAGUAGGUGUGGAUUUGAGAAGUGCGACAGUCUUAAAACGACGCGUAAAGUUGUUGUUGCGCAGCAGGGACGCGCUACAAUCUGUGCGUAAAGUGAGCCAAAGAGGACAGAAGUAAAAAAAAAAAAAAAAAAUCUGCGGUGGAUCAAACGUUUUCCCGGAUGCGAUGGAUGCGUCAGUGAGCCUUUGGGACGGAAUGAAAAACUGACGCUGUGAGGAACAAUCGUUUCAACAGUUGGUGUCUUCUUCCUAGAGUUUGGCGGCAGAGCCGGAGCGGAGCGCGCAGCAGGGCAGCAGAUGCCGGACAGUGACUAAGCCUUAUGGCUGGAAAGCUCAUGAAUUGAAUUUGUCUGGAGCGCAGACUUUAUGUAAGAAGUAGGACAAGAAUUAGGCUUCACCGCCCAACUAGUUCUUUCCGCCAUGCGUAGAGAUGCCGUGUCGUCCAGCAUCUUGAUGUUAUGAUAGAGUUUAGUUCCAGAGGGGCAGUUUUACAAAAAGUUGCAGCUAGCUGAUGCCACUGCUCCAACAGGAGUUAGUGGAAAGUUUUGUCGUUUACUACCUCUGAUCAUCAUGGACGAGAGUGUGGAGUGUGCUGCGGCCGACAGCUGCUCGGACGGGGAGAGCAUCAAUCUCAGCGUGCUCAACUGGGAGCAAGUGCAGAGGCUUGACACUAUCCUCACCGGCUCCAUCCCCAUCCACGGCCGAUGGAGCUUCCCGACUCUGGAGAUGAAGCCACGAGAUAUCGUCAAGGUGGUCCGGAGCCGCAUGGAGGAGAAGCGGAUACAUGUCCGGGAGGUGCGCCUGAACGGCUCCGCGGCCAGCUACGUCCUGCACGAGGACAGCGGUCUGGGAUGGAAAGAUCUUGACUUAAUAUUCUGCGCCGAGCUGAAAGGAGAGAUGGAGUUUCAGAUAGUGAAAGAUAUAGUUCUGGACUCUCUUCUAGACUUCCUGCCCGAGGGCGUGAAUAAAGAAAAGCUCACACCAGUGACCUUAAAGGAGGCCUAUGUGCAAAAGAUGGUGAAGGUGUGUAAUGACUCUGACCGCUGGAGUCUCAUCUCCCUCUCCAACAAUCGUGGUAAAAAUGUGGAGCUAAAGUUUGUGGACUCUCUUCGUCGGCAGUUUGAGUUCAGCGUGGACUCCUUCCAGAUCCGGCUGGACUCACUUCUCCUCUUCUAUGAGUGCUCAGAGCACCCAAUGGCCGCCACUUUCCACCCCACCAUCCUAGGGGAGAGCGUCUACGGCGACUUCCCCACCGCCCUCGACCACCUGCGCAAGCGCCUCAUCUGUACGCGGAGUCCUGAGGAGAUCCGAGGCGGGGGCUUGCUGAAGUACUGCCACCUCCUGGUGCGGGGUUUCCGUGCAGCUCGUGAUGACGAGAUGAAACAGCUGCAGCGCUACAUGUGCUCCCGCUUCUUCAUAGACUUUCCUGAUGUGAGCGAGCAGAGGAGGAAGCUGGAGUCCUACCUGCAGAACCACUUUGUAGACCUAGAGGACAGGAAGUAUGAGUAUCUGGCCACGCUGUACGGCGUGGUGCAGGAGAGCACGGUGUGCCUGAUGGGCCACGAGAGGCGUCAGACGCUCAGCCUCAUCUCGUCGCUGGCGCUGCGGGUCCUGGCAGAGCAGAACGCCAUUCCCAACGCUGCCAACGUCACCUGCUUCUACCAGCCGGCUCCUUAUGUCUCAGAUGGCAACUUCAGCAACUAUUACAUAGCGCAGGUUCAGCCUGUCUACCCCUGUCCUCCUUCGCCUCCUCAGCAGUACCUUACUCCUCCGCAACAUCCCAUGUAUGCCACCUGGUUGCCCUGUAACUAAACCUUGUGUACAUUCAUGCACUUUUGUGUAACUGGUGGAACACAUGCCCACUUAUAAGGGAUGAAAGAUCUAUUUAUCUCUGCCUAUCUGAUGGGAAAAAAAUCAAAAUCAGACAAAGAGCGCAGAUAAAAGAUGAGAAUGAAGGAAGGAAGGGAAAUGAGGACAAAGAACCUGGAUCAUGGCAGUGGGCCAGAGAAAGGCUUUUCCCCAGUGUAGGGUGCCACAGCAUGGAGGAGCUGAGCACACAGGGAGAGAUGCCAAUGAAAGAGGCUGACCCAUCAGUUUUAUGGUUCUUUCAUCAGGGCUAAGAUCGAUUGGGUAGAGCAAACCACAAGUUGAGCUCAGCCUCGGAGUCUUUAACAGCCUGGAUGUGAUGACAUUUUCCCCCUGUGUUGAGUUAGGGCUCACAGGAACUCAAAUUUCAAACGGUGAACAUGUACACUAUAAUAUCCACAUCCGCUUCACAUGAUAAACCAAAACAGACACUCGCAUACAGCACGGUCACGGAGAGGAACAGAAGACACAUGAUGCAAUGAAGAUAUUGAUUCAUGGUCAAACAGCAGCAGCCCUCCAACCUUUUACAUGUGCUGUGUUGUGUGUGUGCAUGCAUGCGUGUGUGUGUGUGUGUGUGUGUGUGUGUGUGUGCGUGCAUGUGUGUGCGCGUGUCACAGACAAUGCAAAAAGAGGAACUGGAUACUGUUUACAAAUCCAAAGAUCUACUUUGAUACUCAAGUUUAUCCGAACUCUGAAAAAAAAAAAAAAAGAAACAAAACAAUGCAUGCUUUAUUUCUGUACAGGAAUAAUUUUCUUUAAGUGCCUAGAUAAAGCCUAAAGGGAAGAGAUAUUUUUGUGAUUCUUUAUCGUAGAGAACUGUUGAGUUGUCUCAUUGACAUUUUCAAGGUGAUAAUGAAUGUACAGAGGAUCAGAGAGUUUACCAAUGCUGAGUAAGGUCUUUUACACCGAGGGAGCUGUAGGACCAAUAUUUGACAGUGUUUAGUUAAAGACUCUGCUCUUAUCUGCAGUCCUGCUGGACGAAUGCACAUCCUGAUUACCAAAGAGGAAGUAACAACGUAAUCUCAUCAUCUGUAGAAAGAGAAAAGCUUUUCCCAAAGCGCAUUUCAAAAUGCGAUUUCACCACAUGUAAUUCUUUUGAAGUAUAUCAAAAUGCAUACAUGCUGAAAUGUUCUACUGGUCUUUGGUAGACAUGAGUUAAAAUGCAUAUUAAUUAACCAAUUUAUGCUACUCAAGCUUACUUAAAGAUGCCCUGUGGAGUUUUCUUGUAAACAAAAAAAAACUAAAGUUAAGUUAUAUUCAGUUUUUGAACAUUUUAAACCAUGCAUUAUUUACAUCCGUGUUUGUGCUCUUCUUCUUUACUGCCGUUUUAGUGGGAUACAACACACCCUGCCCGUAUGGUUGCAUGUGCACCCAUAUAUGCAGGCACCAUACAAACAAAACAAGGACCCACUCAUGAAAACACUGCUUCAUAGCGCUACUAGUGGUCAUAAACUCUACAGGGUAUCUUUAAGUUUCAAAUUUAUUUUAUACAAAGUAAAUCAGAUAUGAAAUGUGUUUGGAAUUUUGAAAAUUACACUGGAAAGUUUUAAUACAAUUAAAAUAUUUAUACCUUCCUUCUUUCAAAUAUAUAAAAUGUCCCCCACCCCCC